AUGAAGCUUGCCCCGGGAAUCAGCGUGCUCGCCGGGCUCUUGUUUGGCACUCACCUCGCGGCCGCGCGGCCCUUUGACGGUCCGCCGGGAACCGUUCCAACCUCGCUGCCUGUCGAAGGUCCGCCGGGAACCGUUCCGACCUCGCUGCCCGUCGAAGGUCCGCCAGGAAAGGUUCCAACCUCGCUGCCUGUUGAAGGUCCGCCGGGAACCGUUCCAACCUCGCUGCCUGUUGAAGGUCUGCCGGGAACCGUUCCCACCUCGCUGCCCGUGGAAGGCCCGCCUAGAAAUAUCUCGGCCCCGCCGCCCGUUGAAGGUCCGCCAACAAGCAUCCCAGCUCCACCCGUCUUUAAAGGCGUACCUAGGAAUGCCCUGGCCUCGCUGCCCGUCGAAGGUCCGCCGGGAACCGUUCCAACCUCGCUUCCUAUCGAAGGUCCGCCGGGAACCGUUCCGACCUCGCUGCCUAUUGAAGGUCCGCCGGGAUCGGUUCCAACCUCGCUGCCCGUUGAAGGCCCGCCUAGAAAUAUCUCGGCCCCGCCGCCCGUUGAAGGUCCGCCAACAAACAUCCCAGCUCCACCCGUCUUUAAAGGCGUACCUAGGAAUGCCCUGGCCUCGCUGCCCGUCGAAGGUCCACCAGGGAAAGCUCCGACCUCGCUGCCCGUCGAAGGUUCGCCAGGAAAAGCUCCGACCUCGCUAUCUGUCGGAGGUGCGCCGGGAAUUGUUUCGACCUCGCUACCCGUCCAAGGUCGGCCAGGAAAAGCUCCGACCUCGCUGCCCGUCGAAGGUCCGCCGGGAUCGGUUCCAACCUCGCUGCCCGUUGAAGGCCCGCCUAGAAACGUCUCGGCCCCGCCGCCCGUCGAAGGUCCGCCUGGAAACGUCUUUGCCUUGCCGCCCAUCGAAGGUUUGCCCAAAGCGCUUCCUCCAGCUUGUACAUCCCGCCCGGCUGCCAGCCCACUUGCGCCAGCUUCACUUGCGCAUGCUACCACGAGGAAAUAG